CCCCGUCUUCCAGCCAUCCCAGUUCCCACCAAUCUGCAAUUCGGAGGGGUGGGUCCUGACCACAUUAGGGUGACAUGGACGGUCCCCAAUGUUGCCACACCAAGCGACAUCUCUCGCUUUGUCAUCCGUUACCACCCUGUAGCCACAGAUGAUGACGUCAAGGAGGUUAAUGUUGGCGGAGCUACCAACACCUUCCUGCUGCAGAAUCUGCUGCCCAACACUGAGUACCGUAUUAGUGUUGUGUGCGUGUACGGUGAACGAGAAAGUGAACCAGCCACAGGGACUCAGAAGACAACUCUGGAUGCCCCGACUGGCUUGGACUUCUCUGACAUCCGGACCAACUCCUUCACCGUUCACUGGCUGGCUCCAACUGCUGUGAUCACCGGCUAUCGAAUCCGCUAUCAGAAGACGAGCGGUGGGCGGGCAAUGGAUGAGAGGCUUCCCCCAACCAGGAACCACUUCACCUUGACUGGACUAACACCCGAAACCGAAUAUCUGAUAUAUGUGUACGCUGUGAACAACAACCAGGAGAGUCAGCCUCUGACUGGCACACAGGCCACCAUCUCUGAUGCGCCCACCGACCUGGAGGUAUCAUCAUCCACCCCCACCAGCAUCACAAUUCGCUGGGACGCUCCCUCUGUCACCGUGAAGAACUACAGGAUCACCUAUGGAACAAGUGGUGAGGCUCUGCAAGAGUUUUCAAUCCCAGGCACUCAGACCUACGCCACCAUCACCGGACUGAAGCCCGGUACCGACUACACCAUCACAGUCUAUGCUGUUUCUGGACGAGGAGACAGCCCCGCCUCCAACACUCCUGUCUACAUAACACACAGAACUGAUACUGAGCCCCCCACUGACAUGAAGCUGACUGAUGUGAGUGACAACGCCAUCACAGUGCGCUGGACUCCUGCUCAGGGACCAGUCAGAGGCUACAGAAUCACAAGCGUCCCUAAGAAUGGCUUGGGACCUUCGUACUCUGAGGUGGUGGCUCCCGAUCAGACACAGAUGACGUUCACAGGUCUGAUGCCCACUGUUGAGUAUGUUGUGAGCGUUUAUGCUCUGGGCAAUGAUGGACAACCCUCUUCCCCCGUGGUGGAGAAUGCUGUCACUGCUAUGGACCGUCCAAAAGAACUGAGCUUCUCCGACAUCGACUCCACCUCCAUGCGCAUCACCUGGGAUAGUCCAGACGGCACCGUGACAUCGUACCGCAUCUUUUACUCCAGCUCAGAAGAAGGCGAGAGAGAGUUGCGUCCAGCACCCAGAGGCGACCAGGACAGUGUGUUGCUGAGCGGCCUUCGUCCCGGGACCGAGUACACUGUUAAAGUCAUUGCCCUCCAUGACCGAACGCCCAGCACACCCUUAGUGGGAACCCAGGCCACAGUGAUCCCUGCUCCGACCAACCUGAUGAUCUCAGAAGUCGGCCCUUCUGUCUUCACCGUGUCCUGGCGAGCACCAAAUGCACGUCUGAGCGGCUAUCGUGUCGUCAUCACCCCAAAGAACAUCAACAGCCCUCGCAAAGAAAUGAAUGUUGCUCCGGACACCACACGUGUUGUCGUACCAGGGCUCAUGGUGGCAACCACGUACCAGAUUCAGGUCUAUGCUCUGAAGAACUCCGUCACCAGCAGACCACUGGAGGGAGAAACAACCACACUGGAAGACGUGAGCCCACCUCGACGUGUGCGUAUCUCUGAUGUGAAGGAUACUUCUUUCACGCUUACCUGGCGCACCAAGGUGGAAACUAUCACUGGUUUCCUCCUUGAAGCAACGCCGCUCAGUCGCUCGCAUCCCACCAUCACCAAGACCAUCCCAUCAGGAGCAUACACCUACACUCUCACAGGUCUGCAGCCCGGAACCAUGUACUCCGCCAACCUGUACACUCUGAACGGCAACACAAAGAGCGCCCCGAUUACUCUGACAAUUCAAACAGCUGAACCAGUUGUCCAGGCUCCCACCAGCCUCCAGGUCACAUCUUUGACCCCCACCUCCAUCUCCUUUACCUGGCAGCCCCCUGCCACACAAAUCACAGGAUACUACGUCACCUACGAAGAGUCAGGAAGACCACCACGGGAGCUCAUCCCAAGACCCCACGCCGGGCAAAACUACGCCACAAUAUCUGGCUUGAAACCAGCCACAGAGUACAUCAUCAAGAUCAUCGCCAUCCAGAACACACAGAGGAGCACGCCUCUGGUGGGCAAGAUCAGGACUCAACCAGACUCCUUGCUUCCCCUGCCUCUGCCCCAGCCACACCGCCCAGGAGGUGCUGAUGACAGGCUGGACGUGCCCGAACUUGACUUGGACAACAGAGUCCAGGUAGUGGGCACCAAUAGCCAGGAUGGCUUUGGAGAUCAGAGCCAGCAUGUGGAGUACACAGAGUACAACAACAAUGGAGACAACAGCAGAUAUAAUGGGAACCGUGGAAACCCACAGUCUCCCUAUGGGCAAGUUCGUGAGCCCUUGGUCUUUGUACCCCUUCCUGAUGCAGAGGGCCGCAGGCAGCCCAUUCUGAAGCUGAACUUUCCCAUCGGAGCUACAUUAGGUAACGACACUGGAGUGCCACAGGAGGUCCAAACUCAGACCAGCAUCUCCUGGAAGCCUUACAGUCAGAGCAACGCCUACCUGGUGUCCUGCCAUCCUCUCACAGAGCUCAAUGAGAAGAUGUUCCAGAUCCGGCUGCCAGGCACAGCCACCACUGCUACCCUGAUAGGACUCACCCCCGGAGCAAACUACAAUGUGAUCGUGGAGGCACUGCUGGGGGCGCUGAAGCACAAGAUUCUGGAGCAGGUCGUCACAGCUGGAAACUCAAUCUCAGAGGGAGUUCCCUCCAAUAAGGACUCAUGCUACGAUGCCUUUACCUCAACCUACCAUGACGUUGGUGCUGAAUGGGAGCGGAUGUCUGAGACUGGCUUCAAGCUGUGGUGCAGGUGUCUCGGCCUGGGCAGCGGCCACUUCAGAUGUGAUUCAUCCAAGUGGUGCCAUGACAGUGGUAACAACUAUCGCAUUGGAGAGAAGUGGGACCGUCGCGCUGAGAAUGGUCACUUGAUGAGCUGCACUUGCUUGGGAAAUGGCAAAGGAGAGUUCAAGUGUGAACCACAUGAGUCCGUGUGCUACGAUGAUGGCAAAACCUAUCAAGUAGGCAACCAGUGGCAGAAGGAGUAUCUGGGUGCUAUCUGCACCUGCUCAUGCUUUGGAGGACAACAGGGCUGGCGAUGUGAGAACUGUCGCAGACCAGGUGCUGAUGUUGACGCCAGUCUGCUGCAGCCUGUUAGAUAUGGAGACAACACACUACGCAAAAAAAUUCAUUGCCCCAUUGAGUGCCUUCGACCUGACCUGCUGGCAGAUGCACAUGUUCCUCAAAAUUCCCGGGAAUAAAGGAUAGUCAUCGGCAUCUGCUUUGCUCACCCACUGUCCAUUUGCUGCACUGUUUCACCUUGUAGAAGCCACGCUGUCUGUGACUCAAAUGAACUAACUGCCUUAUCACUUUUCUGACACACGUUUAUAAGUUACACUGCCCUGCUGCCCGAUCAGUCCUGAUCGUUUUCUAAAGCCAGUCUUUUCACUGUUGACUGCUAAAUUUGGAAUUUAUUCAAAAAGGAAAACUCCUGCCGAACCUUUUCUUCUACGUACUUGUGUGUGAGCCUCAAUGGAAGUUAUUUAGAACUUUGUAUACUUGUCAAAUUGGCAUUUGUUUUCCAUUUAGAUAUUUCGAAACAUCUCCUAAUUGAAAAACAGAACUGUCAGAAAGGAAGCACUGUAUUAAAGAAUGUCAACGUAGUUAUUAACAAUGUUUAAACUGUCCAUGGAAAUGGGUUUUUCCUGUUCUGUAGCCCUUUUUUCAUUACUAAGGGUCUGCACUGUGCGUGAUUGACACAUUCUGACUUGUAAUGUCUUUUUACUAAUUUAUCCCUUUAAUCUCAACGUGUGAAUGUGUGAACUAGGAUGUGAGAAUGUGAACUGUUCUAUUUUUGUACUUUGUUGUCGAUGCCAAAGUUGUUUCUACCUUUGACAAAAAGAAGUCCCUUAUUUUAAUAAAGCUGGAGAGAUUCCGAAUCCUAA